AUGACCUCAAUCCUGGGCAAGAUCCAGAACCAGCUGGAGUACCGAAAGGUCACCUCCAAGUACAUCAAGCGACGCCCCUCCGCCGUCAAGCUCCAUAACGACGAAUACAACCACUCGGCCACCUCUCUGGAUGACGACUAUGGCUACCACGACCGAACCACUACACCCAAGUCCCCCUCCAAGUCCCCCUCCAGUCCCAAGAGAUCACCUCUUAAGCCGCCUUCCACCUCGUACUUUCUGGAAUACGAGCCAGGCUUUGAUCGAGCACGGGAAGGCAACGGACGAACCGCUUCCAAGGCUUCCAAGGCUUCCAAGCCGGCCAUGAAGAGAGCAGAUACCUACAGCUCGUCUCACUACGACAACUCCAGAAGUUCCUCCGUCUACUCCAUCAAUAAUAGCGCUCCCGCUUACGACCCCCCCAAAACCAGAUCCCAUAGCACCGGCUCCUUCAACUUCACGCCUUCCACCCGCCACAGAUCGGGCACCAACGCGUCCAGAAACUCCAAUAACCCCUGGGCCGACUCGCUACCUGAAGAAAAGCCCGAAACCAGCCACUCGGAACACAUGAGCCAACAGGAGCUCUUCGACCCCAACUACCUGGACUUUUUGGCCACCAAGAAGGCUCCUCCUCCCCCCCCAGUGUCCCAUCACCACAGCUACGGUGACAAUCCUUUGGCCGACGACACAGACAACCUGACCACAUACCACUCGCGAGAAGAAGACCGGGGAAGAUAUAACACGGAGGGCGUCACGGACCGAUACGACGCCUUUGACGAGGACGGAUACGGCCAGUUCUCGAGAGUCAAGACCAGACAGAGCCAGGGUAACUUGAAGAAGUUAGGACGACGACUGUCGCUGUUCCGCAACUAA